CGAGCGCCCGCCGUCCGCUGUGCAUUCCUGCCGGCGGGGCAGACGGAGUGACCCGGCCCCCGCUCCCCGCCCCGACCAUGGUAGUGUUCAAUGGCCUUCUUAAGAUCAAAAUCUGCGAGGCCGUGAGUUUGAAGCCCACAGCCUGGUCGCUGCGCCAUGCGGUGGGACCCCGGCCGCAGACUUUCCUUCUCGACCCCUACAUCGCGCUCAACGUGGACGACUCUCGCAUCGGCCAAACGGCCACCAAGCAGAAAACCAACAGCCCGGCCUGGCACGACGAGUUCGUCACCGAUGUGUGCAAUGGGCGCAAGAUCGAGCUGGCCGUCUUUCAUGAUGCCCCCAUUGGCUACGACGACUUUGUGGCCAACUGCACCAUCCAGUUCGAGGAGCUGCUGCAGAACGGGAGCCGCCACUUCGAGGACUGGAUUGAUCUGGAGCCAGAAGGAAGAGUGUAUGUGAUCAUCGAUCUCUCAGGGUCGUCAGGUGAAGCCCCUAAAGACAAUGAAGAGCGUGUGUUCAGGGAGCGCAUGCGACCAAGGAAGAGGCAAGGGGCCGUCAGGCGCAGGGUUCACCAGGUCAAUGGCCACAAGUUCAUGGCCACUUACCUUCGGCAGCCCACCUACUGCUCCCACUGCAGAGAUUUCAUCUGGGGAGUCAUAGGAAAGCAGGGAUACCAAUGUCAAGUUUGCACUUGUGUCGUCCACAAGCGGUGCCACGAGCUCAUCAUCACGAAGUGCGCUGGAUUAAAGAAACAGGAAACCCCUGAUGAGGUGGGCUCCCAGCGGUUCAGCGUCAACAUGCCCCACAAGUUUGGGAUCCACAACUACAAGGUCCCCACCUUCUGUGACCACUGUGGUUCCUUGCUCUGGGGCCUCUUGCGGCAGGGUUUGCAGUGUAAAGUCUGCAAAAUGAAUGUUCACCGUCGAUGUGAGACCAAUGUAGCACCCAACUGUGGGGUGGACGCCAGAGGGAUCGCCAAAGUGCUGGCCGACCUAGGAGUCACUCCGGACAAGAUCACCAACAGCGGCCAGAGGAGGAAAAAGCUUGUUGCCGGUGCCGAGUCCCCCCAGCCUGCUUCUGGAAGCUCCCCAUCUGAGGAAGAUCGAUCCAAGUCAGCACCCACCUCCCCUUGUGACCAGGAAUUAAAAGAACUUGAAAACAACAUCCGGAAGGCCUUGUCAUUUGACAACCGAGGAGAAGAGCACCGGGCAUCAUCCACGGAUGGCCACCUGGCCAGCCCUGGAGAGAAUGGUGAAGUCCGGCAAGGCCAGGCCAAGCGCUUGGGCCUAGAUGAGUUCAACUUUAUCAAGGUGUUGGGCAAAGGCAGCUUUGGCAAGGUCAUGUUGGCAGAACUCAAGGGCAAAGAUGAAGUGUAUGCUGUGAAGGUCUUAAAGAAGGAUGUCAUCCUUCAGGAUGAUGACGUGGACUGCACAAUGACAGAGAAGAGGAUUUUGGCUCUGGCUCGGAAACACCCUUACCUAACCCAACUCUACUGCUGCUUCCAGACCAAGGAUCGCCUCUUUUUUGUCAUGGAAUAUGUCAACGGUGGAGACCUCAUGUUCCAGAUUCAGCGCUCCCGAAAAUUUGAUGAGCCUCGUUCCCGGUUCUACGCUGCAGAGGUCACGUCGGCGCUCAUGUUCCUCCACCAGCAUGGAGUGAUCUACAGGGAUUUGAAACUGGACAACAUCCUCCUAGAUGCAGAAGGCCACUGCAAGCUGGCGGACUUUGGGAUGUGCAAGGAAGGGAUUCUCAAUGGUGUGACGACCACCACGUUCUGUGGGACCCCUGACUACAUAGCUCCUGAGAUCCUACAGGAGCUGGAGUACGGCCCGUCGGUGGACUGGUGGGCCCUGGGGGUGCUGAUGUACGAGAUGAUGGCUGGGCAGCCCCCCUUUGAGGCUGACAAUGAGGACGACCUGUUUGAAUCCAUCCUCCAUGAUGAUGUGCUCUACCCUGUCUGGCUCAGCAAGGAAGCUGUCAGCAUCCUGAAAGCUUUCAUGACCAAGAACCCGAACAAGCGCCUGGGCUGUGUGGCAGCACAGAAUGGCGAGGACGCCAUCAAGCAGCACCCCUUCUUCAAGGAGAUCGACUGGGUGCUCUUGGAGCAGAAGAAGAUCAAGCCGCCCUUCAAGCCGAGAAUUUUUGCUUCAGUGUGAAUGUCCCUCUUUAAGAAAACCAAAAGAGAUGUCAAUAACUUUGACCAAGACUUUACCCGGGAAGAGCCCGUACUCACGCUUGUGGAUGAAGCGAUUGUGAAGCAGAUCAACCAGGAGGAAUUCAAAGGCUUCUCCUACUUUGGUGAAGACCUGAUGCCCUGAGAAGCCACUUGGGGUUGGCUUUCCCCACUGCUGCAGGGAGGGUGCUGAGAAGACCCCAUGUUCCAGAGGCUCAGAAGGUCCAGAACUACUCCUCUUCCCAGAGCCCCAUCCCAUGCCAUUCUCUAUUUAUUGCAUUCCCUUCCCCCACACCACCUCUUCUCCCACCUCCUGGUGACCAGAAGGCACUCUUGGGUCUUGCCUCACUGGGAAUACAGACUGGAGUUGGGUCAGCAGUUGGGUGUCUACACUGCCAGGGUUGAACUGUGUGUGGCAAGCCUCGUUCCACUCCAUGGGGGCUCCUUGCUGUGAAGCAACUGCACUUCUUUCACUACAAAGCAAAAAGGAAAACAUCAAACAAGAAGACUCUGGCUUUCCCAUUGGAUGUAGAAUCCUGACACCUCUGCUUCUCGUUUCUUCUGUCCCCUUGGCCUGCCAUCCCUGCCCUUCUGCCCAGGAGAAGAAGAGACUGCCACCUCCUCCACAUGAGGGCAGGUGCCCUUGAUGGAGGGGACCCAGGAGACACAUGGGUUGGCAAGCUGCGUCGGUUUGCUCUGGAAUAGCUCAUUCUGGCUUGCUUUGGUGUCCGCUUUUGAGCAUGCCAAAGUCUUACAAGUUUGUAUCUCAUGGAAGAAAUCAUUUUUGUGGAAAAAAUAAUUUUGAUUUUUGAACUUCAUUAACAUUUGAAAAUGUAUUAUCAAAAUUAGCUAAUUGGCCAAAAGAUAGAAAUUCCAGUAUGAAUACAGGUGGAUAUUAAAGGGCUAAUAUACAAUGAGAAUCCAGUCGUCCAAGAUGAAUUCUAUCAAUGCUUUAGUGACACAUGAGAGCUGGUUGAAUUGAAAGAAAAGGAAACAAGUAGCGCUCCUCAUUAUUACAGUUCUACCUGAAUACAAAGGCCACCAUAGCAAUGGCCAGGACCCUAGGGUUCUAGCAAAACUGAGUUCCCAGUGUUGUCCUGAGUUCCUAGCAUAAAUGCUAUUUAUUUUCUUCAGCAAUGUGUUAUUUUGCGCUCUUCUACAAAAUGGUAGUACUACUGUGUUGUGAUUUUUAAACAUUAAACAUUUAAAGUUAAUUAUGAAGUGUCCACUUUGAAACAAGUGGAAUGAGACUUACCGUGCAUUGGGUAGAGGGUGUCAGGAGCCCAAAUGGAACAGGUUUGCCAACUGACAGUGUGGCCAGAUGUACUUGGAGUUUUAUUUCCAUGUGACAUGCAGUGGCAACUCAUGUGGACACUACUUAUGGACGAGAUGUUACCUCUUGUAGAUACACUAACAGUGUUACAUUCUUUGAUUUCCAAGGUUUCUCUGUGGCUUUGUGUGUAUGUUUCCUGGAGGUCAUUUGAUUACCUAUUUUACUGAACUGAUUUAGCAGGGAAUGGAAUCCAUUCCAGCUGUUGCACGUGGAUUUCCCAGCUAUCCCUAAAUAUAUAUACUUGUGAGUGGCAAAGUGGCACUAAUGAAGCUUUUUGCCUUUUGUACAUUUGAGAUUUUUGUAUAUAGUGUUUGCUGCAAGGCCUGUGGAAUUAAUUCAUUGAAUAUAGAGGUAUCAACUGCUGCAUGUUCAGGCAUAUUAUAGAACUUUAGUCUAUGAAAGAAUAAUUAUAAUAAUGUCCAAGUGCAAUACUCUAUAAGUGUAUUGGUUCAAGUUACCGAGAGAUAGGUGUAUUCUUUUUUUGGGGGGAGGGCUUAUAUUGUUUAUUUCAUUUUGUUGUAUUUUAAAAGAUGUACACAUAUAUGUGUAUUAAGCUAUAUUAAAUUUCAUGUAUAGUUCCCCUGUGCUCUUUUAUUCCCUGAUUGAGAUGGGGGACAGAAAGGAUUUUUUUUUUGGUACUGGGGAUCAUCCUCGGGACCUUGCACUGGCGAGGCAGGUGCCGGAACCACUGAGCUAAAUCCCCAGCCCCAGAAAGGAAUGUUUUCAAUUGUGGUUUUAAAGCUUGAUCAGUGACUAUUUCGAGCCCAUAGAGUGCAUCCCUAUUUGCAUCUGGCUGAUCACAGCCUUUGUUACUAACGAUGACAUUCAGUUCUCUUUUGUUUUUAUUUUUUUAAAACUCAGGUGUAAUUAUUAUGUUCUUAUGAUGAUUGCAAAUAUUAAAUAUUAUGCUAUAUCAAUCCAUGUGUUUGGCAUACCAGUGAAGUGAUGAAGAAUAUUGGAUUAAUUUAAUUUAUCUUCGGUAACUUGACAUACCAGGGGCAGACUAUCUUCUGAAGUGGAGUACAAGCACAGAAACAUCUUCACGGUGGCAUCAUCUCAUUUUUUAGGGAGACACGACCAUACGCCCAGCAUACUCAUGCAUAUUCUCAAUCAACCCUCAAUCAACACCUCCCAUCUGUCUCUCCUGCUUCCUUCACCACUAUGAACUUUGGACAACCAAGCCAUCUUCAACUGCAAUGCCAAAUGGCCUUGUCUGAGGGCUUGGUGGUAUUUGCAUGGCUGUAGGGGUUAGGCUCUUUCUGCAGGACAACAGGCAUCUUUGCUGGGAAGUCAAAUAAUACAUUCCACCUGGGAGCUUAGGCCCCCUUAGCACGCAGAGCCUGUGGCCAGGGAUGCUCCACUGACUCUCACACAGGCAGAUUGCAAUCCAGCCUAGACCUGUGGGAAAAGGCUCCUGUGUUCUUGAGUACUUAUCUUUUCAUUUACUAGGAUUUGGAAGCAGACAAAACUGUUGCAUUUCUGCCAGUUCUUUAUAAUCUUUCCAGCUCUCUCUCAAUCUCUCUCUUUCAAAAAAAAAAAAAACAGUGGAAAAAAUGCCAAAAAAAAUAUGAAGGAUAGCUAUUCUCCUGUGUUCUCUCAUUAUAGACUUUGAAGUAGAAACAUAAUUUUUUCCUCCAAAGGUGAAAAACUAACACAUUCUUGCUUUAUAAAAACAAAAGAAGGCUAAAAUGUUACCUCUUUUUAAAUUAUGUGCAAAAUAAUUCUGGCUAAAUAUACAACAUAUUCAAUUUUAAGGGUUUUAUUUUGUGUUGUGAUGCUUUAUUUGUACAUUUUUUUCCUUUCUGGGUGUAAUUUUAAUCUCUUGCCAUUCAUUAGUGUUAUUUCAUUGUAAACAUUGUUGUGCCAAAUGUACUGUAUUCAAAAGGAUGUGAAUGUGUAUUGUUUCAGAACCUAAUAAAUACAAUGAUGUUGAAUCUUA